AUGUUGGAGAAAGGGGUGGUUCACUUAAUUGAUAAAGUUAUCGACAACGUAGAAUUUUCCAGCGCAAUCCAGGGUGUUUGUAGGGAGUGUGAGGCCCUUGGGUUUGAGAAGGGGAAGCAACUAGGUGGUUGUUCUACAAUUUCUGGUCAAUCUAAAGCCUCAAAUCCUGGCCUUGUGACGAGAAGAACCGCAGAGGUGGAUAUUGCUCUUUCGUCCCUUGUUGAGAUGGAUUUUGCGAGCCUCUUUGGUUUGGGGGAACUAAAUUAUGACAGCUUCUGCCAGUUUUGUUGCAGGCCGGGCCCUGGAGGUUCUUGCUAA